AUGCAGGGGGCCGACCUGCACGAGUUCGCGUUUGCUUCUCUCCAAGAUCAUACAAGUGAGCCCAGACUUUCUCCUCUGACAUGUGACCAUGGAUCAAGAAGGGAGCGAUUCAAGCUCAACAUCACGGUCGUGUCGAAUAACCGCUGCAGAGAAGUCAAAUUGAAGCCCGCUCUCGACCAGCAUGAGCAGCAAGAAAGAAGCAUCGUGAUGUGGAGUCGGAAACUCGAGCUGGACCGCAACGUCUAUGUACACGAGUCAGCAACAAGUAAGAAGCUACGAGUUGUUAAGGAGUUAGUCCCAGAUAGGAAGAAUGGUCAAUUCGAAUUGGCUGUGAUAGGGAGGGUCACGGCAGCAACAGAAAACGAGACCAAGAAACUAUUUGUUGACCUUAAAGGAUGGUUUCUACAUCAAAACAACAUUCACCUCGUGAUGGAGUAUUGUCCCCACGGUCAUAUCCUUCACUGCUUUCAAGGUCCUCUACCGGAACCGGAAGGCCAAUCAAUCUGCGGCCAAUUGUUAGAGGCGUUGGAAGUAUUACAUGGGCUGGGAAUUGUCCAUCGUGACAUUAAGCCACAGAAUGUUCUUAUAGCACAUGAUAACCCGAUACGAGUCAAACUUGCAGAUUUCGGAGUGAGCAAGCCAACAAAAGGCACUCAAGCAUAUACAGAGGUUGGUACAUAUGGGUACUCAGCGCCGGAAGUUUGGGCGGAGCUGGACGAGGAGAGUGAUGAUCCCACGUAUACCUAUACGAGUGCAGUGGAUAUGUUCUCUCUGGGAUGUCUGGUGUAUCAUGUCCUAACGGGAGAAAUCCCAUUUGGCGUCGAGUUUUUUAUCCCUGUCAAAAGAUAUGCCGCUGGACGAACCCAGUUUCCCGAGAUACCUUUGCUUGACAAGGGUGCCGUCGCACAAAAUGAUCACAAUAGCCCCCGACUUCAGCUGGCAGCUAACAAGACAAACUCCGACAACCUUCAAGUCGACAGCGAGGAACCUGCUACUCAAGUACCAGUCAAUCUCCAGCCUCCAAUUACACCCGAUGAUGGCAAACAUCAAGUUUUAGUCUAUCUUGAGAAUGGUGCAAACCCAGAUCUCAUCUAUAAAGGAAACUCAUCUCUUCAUCUCGCUGUCAUGGGAACGGGGACUGCGGCCAAGCCUGCAUCAUGGCUGAAUGCUCUUCUUGAGAACGGUGCCAACCCGAAUAUUCCAAAUCAGAAUGGCGAGCUUCCGAUCCAUUUGAUCGUUGCUAAUCCGUCAAAAUUCUCUGUGUCAUGGCUGGACGUUCUGUUGAAGUCCAAAGACAAUACUGAUCGUCAAAGUGUUGAUCUGAAUCUUCCUGAUUCAAAUGGGCAGUUUCUGAUUCACAUCCUCGUUGCCCUGAUGAACAGUCGGUUAUAUCCUCCUUACAACAACGUCUUCACUGAAAAUAUACCCAAGUUCUCAAGGUUAAUGGCUUCUGGUGUCCAGCUAGAGGCCCAGGACCUCAGAGGAUUCACUCCGCUAAUCUAUGCAUGUUUAUUGGAAGAUGCACAAAUAGCCAAAUUUCUAGUCGAAAAAGGGGCCAACAUAAAUGCUCAAUGUCGCCUGGGCCUCACGCCUCUUCAUUACCUGAUUAAAGCAAGGGUGCUGCCUGAGAUGUUUAUAAAGCUAUUUCUGGAUCGGGGCGCAGACGCAAAUUCCCAAGAUAAAACCGGCAAAACUCCUCUUCAUCAUGCUGCCAUGAUAGAUGGGAAUCGGAUGGCUCUCGAGUGCCGGUCAGUAUUGGCGUAUGGCGCUGAGAUCAACCGCAAGGACAAUGACGGGGUAACUGCGCUUGACAUAGCUGCGAGCAAGGAAAAAUACAAUGGUUCUACGAUCAGGUAUUUGGUCGAUAAUGGGGGUGAAUAUGACAUGGGGACUCCAUCCGUGAGAAAACGGGUCAAGCGUGCGCGGGCAUGGGUGAAAAUGAAUAGGGCGCUAGGAUUGAAGCCAUCUACGAGUAUUGAACGCACAGCUGGUGGUCAACAGUUCAUCAGCACGACCUCGCUCCCAAUACAUUCGAAAGCAUCCAAAUUCGAGAGUAAUCAUUGA